AUGGUUGAACCGGUUGAUACAAACAUAUCAACUUAUACACAGCUCAGACGUAACUCGAUCACCGCUAAGAACAGUGUGCACAUCCAAGAAACCAUGAAAUGGAAAAUAUUAUCCUUAAUAUAUUUACAAAUUUUAAUAAGUGCUACUUUAAGUUAUAAUAAAGAAGCUACCGGGGCUGUUGAAACAAAUGACGACGCUGAACCAACUGUCUGUAGAAGUUCAUGUGGUAAAUACAACAGAGAGAAAAGAGGAAAACGUAAUGGUGUUCCAUGGAAAAGUCGCAUUUUAGAUGUUAUGUUGAGCACUAAAAUGCUACCUUUGAUGCCAGAUGCACCAGACAUACUUUCAUUCUUGAGAGAUAAAUACGAGCUGCCUAAAGGUUUCAAUGGACCCCUAGCGGAGUAUGACUUUAUAAUUGUGGGGGCAGGGUCAGCAGGUAGUGUCCUAGCGUCUCGUCUCAGUGAAGGUCGUAAAGCCUCAGUCUUACUUCUAGAAGCAGGACUUGGAGAAUCUUUAGUAACCGACGUGCCCAUUCUGGCACCACUGCUCCAACAAACUGAAUAUGUCUGGCCGUACACUAUGGAUUAUCAACCAGGAAUUUGUACAGGAAUGACUGAUGGUAGAUGCUACUGGCCUAGAGGAAAAGCAGUAGGAGGUUCAAGCGUGGUGAAUUACAUGAUCUAUUCUCGAGGACUACAGAAUGAUUGGGACAGGAUAGCUGCCGCUGGUAACUAUGGGUGGUCUUACAACGACGUCAUGCAGUACUUCAUUAAAUCUGAACGCGCUAAUCUCAAAGGACUCCAGAAUUCAUCUUGGCAUGGCAGAAACGGGGAGUUAAGCGUAGAAGAUAUACCGUUUAGAUCCAAAUUGUCAAAAGCAUUUAUGGACGCGGUAAAAUUAUUAGGUCACCACACAGUUGACUACAAUAGCCCGGACUCGUUUGGAUUUAGUUACAUUCAAGCCACUAUGUCUGGAGGGCAUCGCGCAAGUGCUGCUAAAGCUUUUCUACACAAUAACAAAAAAAGAAAAAAUCUUCAUAUACUGACAACAAGCAGAGCUACCAAAGUCAUCAUUGACCCAGUAUCGAAAACAGCUGUUGGAGUAGAAUUUAAUAAAAAUGGACAAAUUUAUCAAAUCAGAGCCAGAAAGGAAAUAAUACUGUCAGCAGGACCUAUUGAAUCACCCCAUCUACUAAUGCUUUCUGGAGUAGGGCCUAAAAACCAUUUACAGUCAUUUGGUAUACCUGUGAUACAAAACCUGAAAGUGGGUGAAUCUUUGUACGAUCACAUUUAUUUCCCGGCUCUAGUUUUCACUCUGAACACAACGAAUUUAACCUUAAUUCAAAAAAAGAUAGCUACAAUUGAUACUGUUAUUCAAUACAAUCAUUAUGGUCAAGGACCUAUGACGUCUUUAGCUGGAGUAGAGACAAUAGGAUAUAUUAAAACACACGUAUCUGAUGAAAUUGGAGACCAUCCUGACAUAGAAAUACUGGGCACCUGUGCUUCUAUAGCAUCUGACGAAGGGCAGGUCGUGGCAAAGGGAUUACAUAUUGCAGACUGGCUUUACAAAGAAGUAUAUAAACCAAUUGAGAAUACUGAAAGCUUCACUGUGCUAUUUAUGCUCCCUCAUCCAAAGUCAAAAGGUAACUUGAAAUUGAAUUCAACAGACCCUUAUAAGCAUCCAAGUCUAAAAGGGAAUUACUUGACCCAUAGACAAGAUAUAGAUACGUUAUUAGCGGCUAUCAGGUACAUCAUAAAACUAGUGGACACACCUCCUUUUAGGAAGUACGGAGCAAAACUGUACAGGAAGAAAUUCCCUAACUGUAAAGAAUAUGAAUUUAACAGUGACGGUUACUGGGAAUGUGCAAUAAGAACAUUAUCAUCCACACUUCAUCAUCAAAUAGCUACUUGUAAGAUGGGUCCGUCAACAGAUCCUGAGGCUGUGGUAGAUCCUGAACUAAAAGUGUACGGUAUAAAAAAACUACGUGUUGUAGAUACCAGUAUUAUACCAAGAACGAUCGUUGCUCACACUAAUGCACCCGCUAUCAUGAUAGCAGAAAAGGCCGCUGAUAUGAUCAAGAGAGAUUGGGCAUUAUAUUAA